UUGGAUAUUAGUAACCAAGAACUAAAAGGAGCAAUAAGAUUGAAAGGGUUUAAUAAUUUGGAGGAGUUAAAUUGUUCCGAAAAUGAACUUACUAAUCUAUAUUUAAAUGAUUGCCCAAAGCUAAGAAAAUUAGAUUGUUCUUCUAAUAAUUUAAAUUCGAAUAACUUUUCAGAAAGCAACUUAUCUUCUUUCAAAAAUUUUACUAAAUUGGAAGAAUUAAAAUUAGGAAAUGAUAACAAAGAAAAAAUAAACCAGGGGAUUUAUAAUCGUUUUUCCGGUUCGCUCAAACCUCUGAAAAACUUAACUAAGUUAAAAGUACUUCAUAUAGACAAUACUGACCUAAACAGCGGAGCAGAACAUUUACCCGCUAGUCUUAUCGGCAUAGACAAUGGAAAAAAAGAAAAAAUUUCCUAUUUUACUGAACAAAGACCAGAAAGCAAGGAAAAAGCAAAGGAAAUAGCAGAUACAGCAAUUGUAGAUGCAAAGGAAAAAUUUGAGGAAAUAAAGGAAAAAGUAGGUACAGCAAUUGUAGAUGCAAAAAAAAUAGCGGAAGAAAUUACAGAAGAAACUACACGAUUAACAAAAAAUGCUGCUGAGUUUGUGUCUGAUCUUAGAAAAGAAAUUAGUUUUAGUGAAACUAAAAGGUUUUUUAACUUCCUGAAAGAAAUCAAAAAAGAAGAUACAAAAGAAUUUUUAAAAAGGCAAUUAAAAAUGAAUGAAAUUCAAACUAAACCAGAAGCUUAUCUUUAUUUAUCCCAUCUAUUAAGUCCGCUUCAUGGCGAAAAAACUUACAUUGAAAUUAAAGCCAGCAAGUCUGAAAAAGAAGAAGCCAAAAUUAAAAGCAUUGGUCUAACUACAGAGGAAAAAUUAUUUAUCGAUGAAAGAAAAAUUAUUCAUGGAAUAAAAGGAGAAAGUAAUAACUCGACAAGUAAAUUUUUCAAGUUGAAAACCAAGUAUGAAAACGAGAAAGAACUUAGUGAGGAUGCUAGUAAGAUAAUACUAGAAACUUUAUUGGAAAAAAGAGUUAUUGAAGAACUUAAAGAAAAAAGUGCAGAAUUAAGCAUUAGUAGAGGGUUUAUUGUUAAGCAGUUUGAAGAUGAAGUUCUUGAAAAAGAAGUAGAAAGCCCAAAGGAAGAAAAAAAAUCCGGAAAACUAGUCGAACAGAUAGAAAAAGAAAGCCAUUCUAAUCAAGAAAGCAUUUCUUUUGGAGGGCAAGGAGAAAAAUUUUUCAAAAACAUUAAACAUUAUGGUCGGUCAAGUGCUGAACUUUAUAUGAUGUAUGCUUGGACGCUGGAAAAUGAAUUACCUAAUUAUAUAAAAAAAGUGAAAGAAGAAAUGGGAAGUGGAUUUAUUAAUUUUAACCGGAAGUUUGAGGAGUUAAACAAAAAAAAGAGUGAAAAGAAAAACAAAGAGUUAAAAAAUAAGAUAAAAAACUUAGAGGAACAAUUAGAAAAUUUAAAAAAUGAGGAAAAAAAAGAAGAAAAGGAAAUGCUAGAAAAAGAAAUUGAAUCACACAAAUUACAAAUUGAGUUAAAUGAAAGAGUUAAAGGAUUUGGGGAUUUUGUAGUGAAAAAACUUCUUGAGCAAGUAGGCUCUCUAGAUAAUCCUGAAAAAAUAGAAGUGGUUAAAGAGAAAGUUCAAAGAAAAACUUUGAAUAUAGCACCGGCUAUGCCAUUAGGCUUAGGUUUACAUAAUGAAAAAUUAGAGGAGACAACGGAAGGGAUAAGUUAUAAAAAUAAAAGGAUGGCAUAUGAGAAAGAAGGAUUUUCUUUAGAUAGCAAUUGA